UAUUUGAUUUGGAGUGUGACCUGAAAAUGUGACUCUUUUCUUCUCUUUUCCCGUAUCCCAUAUCCCACAAUUUUAACUCUUUUCCUCUCUUUUCGUCCUAAUGAAAUCAAUCCGGAGUUGGGGUAUGGAAGGCGUUCUUCAAAUCUUUAUCUCGUUUUGUUGCCAGAAAAAGGUUUCUGCAUUGGAACUUUUUUUCUUGAGCCGAAGUUCUAUCGAAAACAACAUCUCUAACUCCCAAGGUUGUCCUAAAGAUGCAGAAUCCAUCGCGUUAGCUCUUUCCCUCAACAAUAUUUUCAAGACAAUCAACUAUUGGCUCUUAACAUAUCAUAGGAAAUACUUUCUCCAUGUGAGAGCUUAUUUACCUAGAAAUAUGUUAUUGGAUAUGCAUUGGACUACCUUGUCUUCAACUUCAUGCUAGGUUAUUGGUCCUUCCAAUUUUAUUGCCUUUGUUGUAGACUAGUGUUGUGUAGAGCGGAUGUUGUUAGUUUUAACUGUACAAAUUCUUGUAUUUUGAAUUUAUUUUGGCAAAUUGUGGAUAUCAAUUUGAAUGAAACAAUUUUAUUUUAUAUCU